GCCAUCUGCCGCCGACUUUCACUUCCGGGUGGCCUAAAUGGCAAACUCCAUUUAAUGUCGGGAGAUAUUGUGUGGUUUUGUGAGUGAAACUAACGCUUUGUGUGCUUUAAAGAGGACGAAGGGAUGAACAGAAUAUUCGGACGAGGCAAACCAAAAGCACCACCGCCGAACUUGUCGGACUGUAUCGGCAAUGUGGAUGCAAGGUCAGAUUCCAUCGAGAAGAAGAUUAGCAGACUCGAUGCUGAACUUUUCAAGUACAAGGAACAGAUGAAGAAGAUGAGAGAUGGACCCUCCAAGAACAUUGUGAAACAGAAGGCGAUGAGAGUCCUGAAGCAGAAGAGGAUGUACGAAGGCCAACGAGAACAGCUGGCUCAGCAGUCUUUCAAUAUGGAGCAGGCCAACUACACCAUCCAGACGCUGAAGGACACCAAAACUACUGUGGAUGCCAUGAAGAUUGGCGCCAAGGAGAUGAAGAGGGCCUACAAAGAUGUCAAACUGGACCAGAUUGAUGACCUGCAGGAUCAGUUGGAGGACAUGAUGGAAGAUGCCAGCGAGGUCCAAGAGGCUCUGAGUCGCAGCUACGGCACUCCAGACAUCGACGAGGACGAUCUAGAAGCAGAGCUGGAUGCCCUGGGUGACGAGCUCCUGCUGGAUGAGGACAGUUCUUACCUGGACGAGGCCUCAACUGCUCCCUCCAUCCCCGAGGGCAUGCCUGGGGAAAGCAAGACAAACAAAGAUGGCGUCCUGGUGGAUGAGUUUGGCCUACCACAGAUUCCCGCGACAUAAAAAAUGCUACACUUUGAAAACACUUGGGUUUUUUUUAACAUUGAUAUUACAUUUAAAAACUGUUUGACCACAAUAAUUAAACUGGACUAGCAUGUAGUCUUAACAUACUUAAUAUUUUAUUGUUUGUACUGGUAAGUAUUAGUUUACUUUAACUUCAUUUAAGUUUAGUUCAGUAUUUAGUUUUUUGACUAUUAGUGUGUAUGAUGACUUUUGAACUGUCUGCAGAUGAAUGGAAACAUACCAAUGACUGAAGUAAAUCUGGAUUUAUUGAUUGCUAUA